AUGAAUAUAGGUCUUCUCUACGUUUCAGAGGAUCCUUCAGACUCGAAUGCAAACCUCACCCCCCUGACUUGGGACUUGGCUGCCAUCACGGACGAAUGUUGGAUUGCCAAUGCCAGCUACGUCAACAACAGUGCGGCCGGCUCGAUGUACAUUAUGGACGAGGAAAGCUAUGCUAUUGGCUUGCUCCCCAAAGCUAAAGCUGCCUAUAUAAAUGGCACUGUCUCGGGAUUUGCGCUGUUUGCCACACAACUAGUCUACAACAACGACAGUUUGCUCGAAGCACAAUUCUGGGCCAAGAAGACAGAUUUCGAUGGUGUCUAUGCUUUGACAUGGACUUUGGAUGAUGGUUCUCCUAAUGGAGAAUUCCCGGUUGUUGUCAAGGCCUCUGAAGACUCAUGA